AUGUUUUCAUCAGGUUUCUUGGACUCUAUUUCCAACAAUCCAUCAAACUGUUUGUGCACAGAAUCCCCUCUCGCCACAGCCAAUAAACACUCAGCCCAAAGACUUCUGAUAAAAGGGCUCGGAACGGAAGGAGUGCCAAGAGUGCCACGAGGAGCAGGAGAAGCGAGUGAGGGUCGCAGGGGGCCACAGAAGCGAGUAAUUCGGGCAAGCCAGGAGUGUCAUGAGCAGGAGAGCCUGGCAGAGUCGCCUCAACGGAGAAACAAGAAUGGAACACACAACAGGAAAUCCUUCACUGACGGACAUUCGCACCUUAUCUCGGAACCAUUCGUGACUGUCUGGUCAAGGUACGCUGCUUCAGCUCCUACUGGCGACAUCCCCACGCCUUCGCCCACCGCAGAGCUCCUUGUUUACCCCAAAUUCUUCCCCUGCAGUUGUUAUACGGCUAAAAGUGACGGGCCACCCCCUCCCAGGAUCUCCAAAACACUGCUUUUACGCAACGUUUUCGCGCUUAUCACUCAACAUGCGGUGUAUUCAGUGCCACUUUCGGAUCAGAACGAAAAUGGCGUCUCGGCGCAUGCGCAGAAGGGUCAUUUCGCGCAGCCUGUACGGUACGGACGCAUGGCUAUUGUGACAAAAUAUUCUCGAGCAAUAUUUCAGAUAUAAUUCCAAAUACAGAAAAAUGAGGAAAGGUAUGAUCUUAAUUCGUUUGACUUAAUGUUUCCCAUUUUUUCUUUUGAUG